UACACCCUAGUUGCUUUUUUCUUCUUCUCUCGAUGUCCGUUGAAACAACAAUACCCACAAAAUUCACCGAUGGUAAGAUACGCGUCUUCUGGGAUGUGACGGAUUUCCCCGUCCCAGAGGGUCGCAGGAUCCGUGAGAUUGUUGAUUCUGUUCUUAAGAAAAGGGGCUAUAAAGCUGAGGCGUCAAUCAAGGCUUAUGGUGGGACGGAUCCUGAUGAAGACAAUCCUCUGGAGAGUGGAAUCAUCUUCCUACAAAAAAGGGAUAAAUAUUGGAGGCUUCAUAGUCUAUUAGUAGACUUUGCUUUGGCCGCAGCGGAAAAUCAUAAGCCCCAUUAUCAUUAUGUACCAUUAACUUUGAUGGUAGUCGCAAAAAACAUCAAGGAAGAUACUGAGUUCGUCCAUCUUCUUCAAAACGUGAAUGCUGCAAAUUUCAAUGUCUUGUUAGUACUGCCUGAUGUGUACGAUCCAAAACAAGUGACACUUGCUGACGUUAACUUGGUUUGGCGUUGGACAAGCCUACUAGAGGGAGGAGAUCCUAUGCCCGAAACCGAAUUACAAGCCCUAAUAGAUCAAGGAGGCAAACGAGAGUGUUUCUUCCCAAAUAUUCCUGCUGCUGAUGUCAUCAUGUCGUCGCCUUAUGAUGAUGAGUACUAGCUGUGGCGAUGCAAUCUACAACAAUAAUGAGAUCCGAUACUUUUGAUUUCAUGGCUCGUGUAUGAAAAUUUCAUGUUAUUCUUCUUUUCUUAAACCCUGUUUUGUUUUUGUGUUCAACCCAUCUUGUACGGUUUUUAA